CAAAACAAAUCUACUCGAGUCUUUGCAACGCAUCGGCAAAUUGGGAUUUUUUUGAUUUCUCGCGAUGUUUCAAUGAAAUUUUGUAUUAAGUGUAAGUGAAGUUUCCAGUUUCACAAUGGCUCAGAAUAAAACAGAUUUGAUGGCCGUCUUGGCCGUGCUGAAAAAGUACAAUUUGAAGGGAACGGAAGAGCUUCUUAAAAAGGAAGCUAGUUUGUCGGAUGUGCCGGAAAAUGUUGCUGGCGAAGCGGACGUUAAUAGUGUGCUGGCUGCUUACAAGAGCGAAGGGGAUCCGGAUAUAUAUGAACAUUCUUACAUGGAACUUCGGAGGUUCGUGGGAGAAUCACUAGAUAUCUAUCGGCACGAACUUGCACUGAUCCUUUAUCCGGUGUUGGUGCAUAUGUACAUUGAGCUAGUGUACAACAGCCACGAGGAACAGGCGAAAAAGCUGAUCUCGAAGUUUGGUCCGGAACAGGAGUAUUACUAUCAGGAUGAGUUGGCAAAGUUGGCGAUGGUGUCGAAGAGGGAUCAAAUGAGUGGGAACGAUCUGACGGAUACAUUCAAAUCGAAUGCUUUUACGAUUCGAAUCUCGCGCGAUACUUUAUCGCUGUUGAAGCGGCAUCUGCACGAGAAGAAAGCUUCGGUGAUUUUAAACAUUGUCAAUGAGCAUUUAUUUUUCGACUUGUAUGAGGGUGUGGCUCGAAAUAAGACCCAAUGUGAUGCCACGUCCGGUGCAAUGAUUGGCGAGGCAAAAAGGUUGGAUAACAAGGUAAAGGUUUACUACGGACUGCUGAAAGAACCGGAUGUGCAAACAUUGGUACAGGCUCCACCCGAGGAGGAUGACGACAUGGAUCCGGAUGCACCGGACAAGCCGAAGAAGAAGAAGCCCAAGAAGGAUCCACUGUUUUCGAAGAAGUCCAAGUCGGAUCCGAAUGCUCCACCGCUGGACAGAAUUCCACUGCCGAAGUUGAAGGAUGUUGAUAAGAUGGAGAAGAUUAAGGCAUUACGAGAGGCGUCCAAGCGCGUUAAUCUAGGUCCCGAUUGUUUGCCGUCCGUUUGCAUGUAUACGCUUCUGAAUGCAAAUUACACGGUGACAUGUGCCGAAAUCUGCGAGGACUCCAGUUUAAUUGCCAUUGGAUUUUCUGAUUCUUCCAUCAAAGUGUGGUCGCUGUCGCCAGUUAAGCUACGGGAAAUGAAAUCAGCCGAACAGCUGAAGGAAAUCGAUCGCGACGCUGACGACGUCCUGAUUCGUAUGUUAGACGAUCGUAAGGCGGAAACCAGUCGAAUACUUCAUGGUCAUAGCGGACCCGUUUUCCGGUGUGCGUUUUCUCCGGACAGAACCAUGCUGCUUUCAUGCUCAGAAGAUUGCACCAUUCGGCUGUGGUCAUUACACACUUGGACCUGUGUGGUCGUUUAUAAAGGUCAUCAGUUUGCCGUGUGGGAUGUCCGAUUCUCUCCUCACGGACAUUACUUUCUGAGUUGCUCACAUGACAAAACCGCUAGGUUGUGGGCAACGGAUACCCAUCAACCGUUGCGCAUUUUCGCUGGUCAUUUGUCCGAUGUCGAUGUCUGUAUUUUUCAUCCUAACUCUAAUUACGUGGCUACUGGUUCUAGUGACAGAACGGUUCGUCUUUGGGACGUUUGCGUUGGAAAUCAUUUGCGAUUGAUGACUGGACAUAAGGCCCCCAUUUAUUCACUAGCUUUUUCGAUAUGUGGUCGCUAUCUGGCUUCCGGUUCGGCCGAUUGCCGUGUUCUUAUCUGGGACUUGGCUCAUGGUCACCUGAUUGCAGCCCUUUGCGGUCACUCGGCUUCGAUCCAUUCACUGUGUUUUAGCAGGGAUGGCGUUGUACUGGCAACGGGUGGUUUGGAUUGCUGUCUCAAGCUGUGGGAUUUCAGCAAAUUGUGCGAAGACAUCAGCGGUGAAAAUGUGAACGUUUCCCACAAUCCGGAUGUGCGUGAUGGGGAACCUUACUUGAUGCGAUCGUUUCCCACGAAGCAGACACCGUUCUUGACGUUGCACUUUACCAGACGAAAUUUGCUUCUCGGCGUCGGCAUGUUCGAAGGGUCGGUCUAAAUUAAUGACAGCUUUAGUUUUGUAAGAUGAAGCUUUUUUUUUAGAAUGUAAGGUUUCCGGUACAAAUUUGAUUGUGCUAUUAUUAUCGAUACUUUACAUUUGAAUAUAUAUUGU